GAAUACACUCAUGUUCCCUGAGCUCGAGAAAAACACCUCCAUGUUAAAACUCCAAAAUUAAACGCGAUAGGGAGAAGAAGAAAAAAAGAGGGGACAGGAGACGCUUUCGUAAUUUUUGUAGACUCGUGUAGAAAAUCGUCUAGAAAAGAAAUAACGGAAUAACAGGGGAUUCAGACAAUACUUCAAUACUGUUAUGAGGCGAGAAUGAGUAACGCAGAAGACAGCGGGAGCAAGUGCUCGUCGGGCCCGAUUUCCAGCUUUACCAUCCAGUCUAUUUUGGGCACGCCGUCCGAUGCGCCGCGCUCCGGCAGCAAGGAGCUCUCCAAGGCUCCGCCGCCGCCGCAGCUGCAGCGGAGGCGCUCACUGUCGAUGUCCUCCGAGGAGGAGUGCAGCGGCGGUGAGGACUCAGCAGACUGCUUCUGCUCCGACCCGGGUCACAGUGAGCCAUGCACGCAGCACCCAGCGCACAGCUUCUCAUGUUUAGGUCCGGCAAAAGGACUACUGCCUGGGAACGACGGGCUGGCGCGGCGGCCGCACCUGCCGCAGCCUCUGCUGCGCGACUACAAGGAGGAGCAGGAGAGACCGUGCCACCGAAUGUCACCGCUGUCGGAGGAGCGACAGACCGACGGCGCGGACAAGCAGGGCAAUUCGGCCAAGAAGAAGACGCGCACGGUGUUCUCGCGGAGUCAGGUGUACCAGCUGGAGUCCACCUUCGACAUGAAGCGCUACCUGAGCAGCUCGGAGCGGGCCUGCUUGGCCUCCAGCCUGCAGCUGACGGAGACUCAGGUCAAGACGUGGUUUCAGAACAGGAGGAACAAAUGGAAACGGCAGCUCUCAGCUGAGCUGGAGGCGGCCAACAUGGCCCACGCAUCCGCACAGACACUCGUGGGAAUGCCGCUGGUUUUCAGAGAUAACUCCUUACUGCGUGUUCCAGUGCCGCGGUCUAUCGCCUUUCCGACUCCCCUGUAUUACCCGGGGAGCAACCUACCAGCGUUACCUUUAUACAACCUGUACAACAAGAUUGAGUAUUGAUUGACUCUACUGUAUGCUCACCACUGCAAUCCACGUAAAAACCAACGCAUUACAAAACAAUCCAAAAUUCAUGUAAGUGUCUCCACAUAACCCCUGUAUAUUAAUUGUAUCACUUUAUUGGUUGAGGAGAUUAUUAUACAGCAACUGUGCGUCUCACGAGAAAGCAAUCAAGCUUCCCUGUAUGUAUAAGAAUACACCAUGUGUAUAAUUAAUAAUAAUAAUUUUUUACUUUUAUUUCCUUUUUCUCCUUUGACUGAUAAAACAUAGGAGAUUAGCCUUGAUGUCACAGUCAAGAAAUAAGGAUUCCACCAGAUAUGCAUUUUGAAUCGUUUUAAUUCAUCAUUGGUUUGUCGAAAAAAAAAAAUUGCAAAACACCAGUCACUCAUUUUCAUUUCAUUGGACAGGAACCUAUAAUGCUGAUUUGUUUCUAUUGUAAUUUAGACCUUCAAUAAUAACCUUCUCAUUCAAUAAAUUUUCUAUU